AUGUACAAAACAAGAAACAUACUCUUGAAGCUAAUACCAAAAAACUCCCUCAAAUUUUACUCCUCGAACUCAGCAUUUGGCGCCAAGGGUCCAUCGCCGUUGCCAUUGGACCCAGAGGACCAAAAGGAGUUUGAACAGUUGCAACAGGCGGCAAAUACACAAAUAGCUAUUGAGCAAUAUAAUGAAGAUCACGGUUUUUCCCCGGAAGAUGCCCCACCAAAAAUUACCAGUUCUGAUGUUGGCAAUUUCGGUGGCAUUUCUAAGACCAUUCCAGAGUUCGAAGGUAACGUUAACCCAAAGACCGGAGAGGUUAAUGGCCCCAAACAAGAUCCAAUAAAGCAUGGAGAUUGGAGCUUUAACGGGAGAGCUACAGAUUUUUAG